UAAAGAAAAUGUUAUGACAGGGCACAUUGUUGGGGGUUUUUUGUCUAAAAUAGAAAGUUUUCCUUUUGUGGUAUAUAUCAGUAAAAGUUGUAACUUGUACCGAAAUUCAAGCUGUGGAGCAUCUAUACUGAAUCAAGUAAUACUAUUAACCGCAGCGCAUUGCUUUAAGAAUUGUGAUCCGUUUACAAUCAAUGCUUAUUCUGGUUCCAUUCGUAAAUAUUCAGGCUUUGAAAAUAAAGUCAUCAGUUACAAAAGACAUGAGGAUUAUCAUCCAAACAGUCACAACAAUGACAUCGCUCUUUUGAGGUUGGAAACAGAACUAAUUUUUGUGAGGUCGGUGAAAAGAAUUAUUUUGAUGAAAUAUCCACCUAACAAUACAUUGGCCGUUGUAGCUGGAUGGGGCUGGACAGAUUCCCAAGGUACCCGAGGUGAUGUCCUAAAACAUACUCCUCAGCUAGUAUUAGAUCGAGAAACAUGUGCUAGCCAUCUGGGUAAUACAGAAAUACCUAUGGGAAUGAUUUGCGGAACAGACACAGAAGGUGACGGCUAUCCUGAGAAAGGAGACUCCGGCAGCCCGCUUGUGAUCAACAAUAACAUUCAGAUCGGAAUCGUGUCCUUCAAAAGAAGAAGAUUUACAAAUCACACCAUCGCAUAUACCCACGUCCCAUAUUUCUACGACUGGAUAGUAGAAAAUGCAAAGGAAUUGUAUUGCAAAUACGCGAAUACGACACAUAAUAUGCAGAAUUUUGCUCUUACCUCUCCUUGGUCAGACGAACAUUGUGAUCACGCUAAGGGUUUUAUUUGA